UCAAACAGUUGCAGGAUGGCUAUGACUGACGUGCUCAGCGCUGAGGAUAUCAAGAAGGCUGUGGGAGCCUUUUCAGCGGCUGAAUCUUUUAACUACAAGAAGUUUUUCGAGAUGGUAGGAUUGAAAAAGAAGAGCCCAGAAGAUGUGAAGAAGGUUUUCCAUAUUCUUGAUAAAGAUCGAAGUGGCUUCAUUGAAGAGGAAGAAUUAAAGUUUGUACUGAAGGGCUUUACCCCAGAUGGAAGAGACCUAUCAGACAAAGAAACGAAGGCUCUUCUGGCUGCUGGAGAUAAGGACGGUGAUGGUAAAAUUGGCGCUGAUGAAUUUGCAACUAUGGUGGCUGAAUCAUAAAGGCUUUGACCAAUGCAAACCUUUCACCCAUCCUUCACUGCCCAAUUCCAACCACCUCCUGCCGACCGCUUUGGCUCCUGUUCUAUUUAUUUAUGUUAUUUUAUACUCCAGCUCUGUUCUCUGCAAUCCUGCAACUCUGUAAUUGUGCUGAAAGACACUGUUAAAAUAAUAAAGGUCACAUCAAUCUGGGCUUUAUUCUCUCUCACUAUAACUUGUUUCUUAUUUCAUGUAGGCUUGGCACACGCUGAGAGAAAAUUUUACUCUUUUUUGC